AUGAUGACCUACUCAUUACUACACUCCGACUAUCCUACCAUUGUCAGAUACAUUUCAGGCGCCUUUAUCGCACUGGGAUUCUGCUUCUUUGGCCCUAUCCUCCUCCUGAUCGGUGUAGACAUCGCUAUCUACACCUAUAGAAUAUGUUGGAGCCGUCCAUGGAACCAAAACCAAAAUCAGACGUCUUCGCGCGAGCCGAGGCACCUGUCGCAACCGCAAAAGGCACAACCGCCGCCACCACUGGAAGCCUCGGGUGGAACGACGGCCGUCCCUUCGACAAGCGAAUGCGAGGUUAUGAUCAAGGGGCUGUGCUUUGAACGCAAGGUUUUUGCGAGAGACUAG